GCGGGCUGUCGCCGUUACCCGCGGCGGCAGCAGCAGCUCGGCGUUGUCCGCUCCUCCGUUUUCCGUCCUUCGGGCGAUGCUCGGUGCGUCGGUUUGAUAAGCAUCCUCAUUCCGAACGGGAGAGAGAUGUGUGAACGCGGGGCCGGAGGCGGGGACGUGAAUUCCAACGUGCUGAUCGCCCGCAGCACCGGCGACGCGCAGCUGGACAAAGCGGUGUGGCAGUGGCUGAGCUGGGACAAGAACCAAAAAACAAAAGAGCAGAUUGAAAACUUGCUGCAGAAUGGAAAGCAUAAGGAGCUGCGCGAUCGCCUCUGCUGCAGGCUGAGCUUUGGGACUGCUGGGCUUCGCUCUGCCAUGGGAGCAGGCUUCUGCUACAUCAAUGACCUCACCGUCAUCCAGUCAACACAGGGCAUCUACAAGUAUCUUGAGAGGUGUUUUUCAGACUUUAAGCAGAGAGGCUUUGUUGUUGGAUAUGACACACGAGGUCAGGUGACCAGCAACUGCAGCAGUAAGAAACUUGCAAAGCUCACUGCAGCAGUCCUGCUGGCUAAAGAUGUACCUGUAUACUUCUUUUCAACAUAUGUCCCUACGCCCUUUGUGCCCUAUGCUGUUCAGCAGCUCAAAGCUGUCGCUGGUGUAAUGAUCACAGCAUCCCACAACAGGAAGGAGGACAAUGGGUACAAGGUCUAUUGGGAAAAUGGAGCUCAGAUCAAAUCCCCUCAUGAUAAGGAAAUCAUAAAAUGCAUUGAGGAGUGUGUUGAACCAUGGAAUGGCUCCUGGAACGAGAACCUUGUAGACACCAGUCCUCUUAGGCAGGAUCCUCUGAAGAAAAUCUGUGACUCUUAUAUGGAGGAUCUGAAAAAGAUCUGCUACCACAGGGAGCUAAACAUGCAGACAAAUUUGAAGUUUGUUCACACCUCAUUUCAUGGAGUUGGACAUGACUAUGUGCAAUGGGCUUUCAAGGCAUUUGGCUUUCAACCUCCCAUUCCUGUACCUGAACAGAAAGAUCCAGAUCCAGACUUCUCUACUGUCAAAUGCCCAAAUCCUGAAGAAGGAGAAUCUGUGCUGGAGUUGUCACUGAGGCUUGCAGAGAGGGAAAAUGCUAAAGUAGUCGUGGCCACUGAUCCUGAUGCAGACAGACUGGCAGUGGCAGAGCAGCAGAAUGGCUGCUGGAAGGUGUUCACUGGCAACGAACUGGCGGCGUUGUUUGGUUGGUGGAUGUUUUCUCGCUGGAAGGAAAACUGCUCCAAAGAUGCUGAUGUGAAGAAUGUUUACAUGCUUGCGACCACGGUUUCCUCAAAAAUUUUGAGGGCAAUUGCACUUAAAGAAGGAUUCAACUUUGAAGAAACACUCCCUGGCUUCAAAUGGAUUGGAAGCAGAGUAAAAGAUCUCCUAGAUAACGGAAAAGAAGUUCUUUUUGCCUUUGAAGAGUCUAUUGGCUUCAUGUGUGGCACCUCAGUGUUGGAUAAAGAUGGUGUGAGUGCAGCUGUGGUCAUAGCUGAAAUGGCAGCCUACCUGGAAACCAAGAACCUGUCGCUAGCACAGAAACUCAUAGAGGUGUAUGAAACGUAUGGAUAUCACAUAUCAAAAACUUCCUAUUUCUUGUGCUAUGAUCCUCCAACCAUCAAGAGGAUAUUUGAGAGGCUUCGGAACUUUGAUGGCCCUCAGUCUUAUCCCAAGUUCUGUGGUGAUUACAACAUAUUGCACGUACGAGACAUUACCACUGGCUAUGACAGCAGCCAGCCCAAUAAGAAGUCGGUGCUGCCUGUGAGUAAAAGCAGCCAGAUGAUCACCUUUACGUUUCAAAAUGGUUGUGUUGCCACCCUUCGGACGAGUGGGACAGAGCCAAAGAUCAAAUACUAUGCAGAGAUGUGCGCCCUGCCCGAGCAGAGUGACAGAUCUGUGCUGGAAGAAGAGCGUCAGAAGCUGGUGGAAGCUCUGAUUGAGAACUUUCUGGAGCCUGAUAAGAACGGACUCAUCUGGCGCUCAGCUUAGCUGUCCUGCAGCUGGUGUUGGAAGGAGCCACCGCGUCCAACCAAGGAACCAAGAACAGAACUCUGUUUACUGUGUGCCUGUGUGUGUGUGUGUGUGUUUAAACAAGCAGCUACGUUUUUAUUCUGUAAAGAAGCAGCAUUCUUUUGUCAGUUGAGAUAAGCAGAGAAGGGUGGAAUGUACUGCCUGGAAUUUGCCCUGGAAUUUCCCCUUCUUUUGACCAAAGGCUCGCUGACCUCAGCGCCAACAAACUGCCACAGCAGGGUUAAAACAGUUGGUCUGUGGCCACUGACUCUUGUCUUAAACUGCUUUCAGGUACCCAGGAUACCUUGGUUGGAAGUGAUCACCCCGAGCUGACAAAAAACCUCUGCUUCUUCGUAGCUGUUGUGUGUGUGUGUGUUGGUGGUGGUGUUCCAGCUCGUACUUCUCAAAUCCAUUCAAGUAGAGUUCAGUGCUUUGCAUACCUGGUUGAGGCAAGUUGCUCCAAUUGGACAUUUUCCACUUAUUUUGUAUCCUUCUCUUGUUGGAGGUGCUGUCCGUGCGUUGUUUCUUUCCUAUGUGUAUCUCCACUUGCUGGGGUGUGAAACAAUAGUGGCAACACAAGUUUUUGGGUGACUCAGUAGGAGGCCUUCCUGGGGCUUCCAAAAGGGCAGAGACCCAUUCACCUUUGGUUAAACUGCCUAUUCUGACUGCAGUGGGCUUUAUAACCCCUUCUUAUCCCACAGCUCUGAAGGGACUGAAGUUAUUUUUUUUUUACUAAAGGUUUCAGAAAUUUAAUAUCUUUGUAUGAAAACACCAACUGGGGACUUGUUUGGUUGUGAUGGCUUGAAGUCAUGCUGUCUAGUGAAGGAAACAAAACAAAACAGGGGGAAAGAAAGGAAAGGUGAGAUGCAGACACUCUCUAUUAUUAGUAUCUUUUACUAACUCGUAUUAUUUGUCAUAUCUGAUAAACUCACUUCUGUUAGCACAGCAGUUUGCCAAUACUGUUGCUCUUUUAAGGUGGAUUUUUAGCAACCUCUUGUUAUCAGUUUCCUAUCUCGGCUCAAGCAGAAGGCAGUUCUGCUCAUCACUUCUUUUCUGACAGAUGCUGAUCCAGAAAAGUGUACAUUUCCCCCAGUUCUGAAGUACAGCAACGCGUUCAGGAAGAAUUGGGUAUUGAUGAUUGAGGAUCAAAAUGAAGUCAGCCAUCUUCUGGACUCAUCCACUCACUUCACAGCAACUAAACAAGAGGAACAGAUAAACCCAAGCACUCAGGUUCUGUACUGAAGGUUACGUGAGGGGAACCCAAGAGGCACUGAGGUUAAAGGUGUUGUUUUGCCACUGUUGUUGACCACCCCAUUUGCCCUCCACCCAUCGUGCCCUUUUUGUGGCUUCGUGUGCAUUGCAUCCAAAGGGCUCUGAGGAGCACUGGGUGCCUGCAUCUGUGCAUUGUGGGGUGUUGGUGCCCACAGCAGCUUUGCACUAUGGUGAGGGUAUGAAUGUACGUGUGCUGCAGAAGGUCUGUGUCGCACAAAUUUUUUGGUAACCACCCCUAUUUAUUUAUUUGUUAUUUUAAGGAAAAGCUUUUCCAAAUGGUUCCGCAACCGAGUGAAGUGUAUCUGAUGCCAAAAAGUUGGAUUGUUUCUUUUUUCCCCGUGGCUGAUGUGAUGAGAACGGGUGAGAUGUUUAUCCUGGGAGUUACUCAUUGCUCUGUGCAGCUCUGGGGAGGUGUCAUACGUG